AUGAUCAAUAUGGUCCCCGACUCUCUCUUCUUGCGCAUCGUCCAAGGAUCGGUGUUGCUAGCGUCGGAAACUAAAGGCUGUGCCCUCAAGUCUCUUCCUAUAAUUUGCAAUGAAAUUGUCUGCGCAAGGUGUCGGCGUGUUUCUAUCCUUGUACGUUCAUACAGCUGCGGGCACUGCCUUUGCCUGGAGUGCUCUCCUUUAAGCAACCUGAUUUGUGUUUGCUGCAAAGACUUCAUCCAAGACAGCGUAAUGUUAGUGUCGCCGGUCGACAGACUUCUCAGUGCGCUGAAUGCAGCUAUCCAGUGUCCGCACAAUAAGAGCUGUCGGGCAUAUUAUAGUUUGUCUGCCUAUUUGAUGCACCUCCACACUGCCCAUUAUUCUAGAGCAUAUCUUGCUGACUCUUCGUCACAGAAAACAGCCACGGCUAUAGCCCCUUUAGAAAAUGGGCGCCCUGGUCAUGAGAUGAUACUUGUUGAUAGCCAGUCUCCACAGGCGGUGGAGUCUGUUAUCGAGCUACUUUGCACCACUCCGUCCACAGAAAAUCUAAUGGAUGACAGCAAGGCUCUUUAUCAACUACAGAUAGGAGACAGCGUAUUCACUGGCACUCCAGAGGCAUUACAGAAUGACUUUGCCAGGAUUGAGGAAGCCAUUACCAAAUGCUCUGUCUUCUCUCGAAAAGAGUACCAAUUCAUCGUAGAGAAGACCAGCAAGGCGUAUACCUCCGAUGGCGUUCAACAAGGGAAGGCGCUCAACUUUAACAUACAGCAGCUUUUUCGGUGGCAUAUCUAUCACUUAGCUGAGCUACCAAAUGAGCUGCAAAAAACCAAGGUCUGCGCGACACUUACUUCUGUUAACUACACACCCCAGUUCUCACAUCUUUUCGUCAACUUUAUUUGUCAGAUGCCUUCUCUCAAAAGCCUUAUCAUUGAUAACGAAACUUUCCAUUUCUCUAUAUCGACAAUCAUACAGCUCCAGAAUAAAGCCGUACACCUGCGUGAGCUAUAUAUAUUUAGUUGCCAUUUUGACAUCGACCUUAAUAUGCUGAGGGAGCUCCGGACUGUAUGGCUGCCAACACUAACCACACUGGUCAUAGAUUUUUCCGUACUCACUAAGGCGUUCUCUGGCACCUAUAUAUCUAUGCUCUCCACCCUUACCUUCAUGUACCUCUCAGAUUUCAUGGGACAUGACUACUUAGAUUAUAGGGCGACAGCCGCUGCUCCAGGAAAGCGGCAGGGCAAGCAGGGUAGCCUAUUGUCAAAUCUUUUCUUUAAAAAGCACAGCAGCCCCAGCCCCAAGGACAAGGAAGAUAAGAGGUAUAAGCCUUUUGUUUUACAGAAAAUAGAGCGGUCUAGCAUUCUUUUGAAAAGCGUUUCUGAGAAGCCAAAGACAUCUGGAGCCAAGGCACGGGCACUCCCAGUUCCUAUUGCAUAUGCAUCUUAUAACCAUUCUUCUUCUCGUGAAAACUCUGCCCGUACCAGCGAUUGUUCAUGCGACAAUAACUCCUUCGACAGCAGCAAUGCCCCAAACAUAUUAGAGGACAUCAGAUUGAGCGCAACAAGCCCACUAAUGAUACUCAACUCUUAUCACUCGCUUCUCUGCCAACGCUACGGCACAACCCUCGGCUUAAUCCACUACCCCAUCUCCUCGGAUCUACCCUUCCUGGGUGCUUGGGGCGAAGAGCCCUCUGGGUUUUUCGGGCUGGUCUUUGAUGGGGUUUCAUAUGAUAUCUCCACCGUGGCGCUUAAGCUUAUGGAGGACACUGCAAUUGAGCCACUGAUCCCCUUGGGGGCAUUUAGAACCUCUAAGCCCCUCAAUAUUUCAUGUCAAGGAGAAGAUGGUAAAGGUAAGCGCAAAGAAAAACGAGGACGUCAUGAAAAGGGGCAAGACAGCAAUCAUCUUGCUAAGCACUCCCUCGCUUAUCUGUUCUAUACACCCUCUUUUGUUCCUUCCGGCACAGUGACCUUUACGGAUUUCUGCAAGUCUUUCACUCCUGAGUGCUUGAAUCUCGCUCUUCUUCUUUUUAUAUGCAGGUAUGAUGUCUCGCUGGAACAUGUGCGGGUAUUAGUGCUUAACUUAUCCGAAACCUUAAGUUACAGAAGAAACAUUCUUGAUUAUGUGGUCAAGUCGUUGGCCCUGCGUAGUAACGCAGAUGUAGAACAGAUCCUUGAGUAUCGGACAAAGCUCUCGUUUAUAUCUCGUAGAGAUGAGCCUCCACCUAAAGGUAGUGAGGCCUCUUUAUCUCCUCAAUGUGACCCGGACGAUUCCACAGGUUAUGAUGAAAAAGUCGCCUUCUUUCUAGAUUCCUUGGUUGCGUUACUGCCUUACUUGUAUAGGAUACGGGAGAUAAAACUGGGUCCACGCUCUUCAAACAUGUCCCUCCUUCUGCCCCCAUACAACGGAGCCAUUUAUGUCUCUCUUUUGAGGCUGAUAUUUGUUGCAUCGAGACGCCUAAUUUCUAUUCAUCCAGCCAUUAAUUACAUACUCCCUCUUCUCACUGGUGUAGAGCGCUUCAGAACGAUUGACGUGUUUUACGCCCACGUAAGGUCCGUCUAUGAAAUGAUACGUGGUGAGUAUUUUAAUACUCAUUAUCACACGCACACAUCUCUCCUGGAAGACGGCAAGAAGAUCGGAGACCUUGAGAUGACAAGCUUAAUUGACGAUGAUCCCAAUUGCACAGAGUCACCAGGGGGGACCUUUAAUAGUCUAUGCAACAUCACUAUCAUGACACCUGGUGGGAAGGGCCUGGUUUAUGGCAAUGAAAUUGAUGAGGUUCACGUGUCUAGACCCUUUCGGCCUUUCAAAUACUCAGUCUCUUCAUUCGACUUUCAGUAUGAGAUAGAGUCAACCCUACCGCCUGUUCAUCCCCAGCAAUUGGUAGACUUAUAUGGACACUCUGGAGGAAGCCUGAAAACUAUAGAUUCACUAGCCGACGAAACUUAUAUCUUCUCACACCUGCACCGAUUGCUUCAAUUGAUGCCUCAAUCCAACUUUUGUUUUCUUGAUUUGCUUCCUCUCUGCCCGCCCCGCACCGUCGUGUAUUGUCUGCAACUUAUUAAAGAAGGUAGUGGGUCGUUUUCCUGCUCAUCCUUCAACGCCAUAGAGAUGCUUUCCAUUCCGUGCUCUAAGUUCUUUCUACUUGAUACCGUAACAGAUCCCACUGUCGUGCUGCUCGAUACCUUACAAGAGACUAUAGGAUAUAGAAGGUCUGGGGCCGGAAACAAAUCUGAUUCAACUUCUCAUAAGCAAAACCGCUAUUACAGCUUUGUCAAGUAUAAAUGUAUGCUCGACAAAUCUGUCUAUGCACAGUCUUUGAUGGCUCAACACAGAUUCAUUCGCCAUGAGCGGCGUGUCAGACAGCAAUACAAACCUUCCAUUGUGACCUUAUCAAAGCCCCUUGUACUCAACAAUUCCUAUGUCCAUUUCUUCUUUAAUAUAACGCCGAACAGGAUUGAAAACUUGUAUAUGGGACUACGGGCUUUUAACUCAAAUAGAAAGCAAAGCGUGGAACAGGUCGACUCCUUCAGCAUCGACGCUUCUAAGUAUAUAGCGGAGAUAAUCAGCAGAUUUAUUUUGAACUAUAGUGACCUUGAUUUGCUGAGCUCUGUAUGCAUCUCCUCUCCCCUAUUAGGAAGGACCAUCCAGGAGGGGCAUGCAUCUAACUUGGAUGCUGACGUAUCCAAUGACAAUUCUCUUGUCAAUGAUGAUCUGGCCAGUCCAAUAAAGAAGGAGGUCACUAGAGGUAUCCCGGAUCCAGCAGACGCUUCUGUUACUCCGGAUGAAGCUAAGGACAGUGCUCAGGCACUACCUAAUGUGCUUCCACCUCGACUCCCAACAGCUUCUGCCUCUGCUGUUCCAGCACAGUCUUCUGCAAAAGUCUCAGAAGAAAAUAAGAGUAAGCACUCUGACAACGAUCCUUGCUGCUUCGUUGAAUCAUGCUUGUGCUCAUGCGCUGUCCACCAGUCAUCUUGCAUCUGUACUGGUGGCACAGAGUUCUCGUCUUUAGUCGCUAUCCGGCUUAUUUCGUUAACACUAUUAAACGUCGAUGGCCUGCUAUAUUCCGAUGUUAAUCUAAUCAAUAAAGCAAUCUCUGUUAAACUAUUACGGCUAUUAUCGAAAGAUCUAGACUCGCUGCUGCCCACGUAUAAUACCAUGGGAUCUCCAAACAGUCGGGGGUAUAUGUCCUCGAGUCACACGUGUGUAGGUGUGUUUGAAAAGUAUCUAGAAGAGAGUCCUUCACACUUCACAGAACUAGUCACUACGAUAGAUCGCUUUCUAUCCAUGCUAUUCAGUAUUCCUGCACUACAUACGGAUUCUACAAUCCUAAAUAUGAUUCUUAUGCAACGCAAUGCACUGUUUUCACAAGAGUCUUUUCAAGUCCAGAAGGCUCUAGUGUCCGCUCGAGGCACUAAAGAUAAGAGUUCGCAAAAGCAAACCGUGGAAGAGCUCUCACCUGUAUCGUGGAGGGUUCCUCGACUGGGACUGCAGUUUGCGCUCAAUUUGAAGGGAACGCGCUUUUCUAUUGAUUCGUCAGCAGUCGGUACCCUCUCUGAAGUUAAGUCCCAGGUCACAAAUACCACAGCGUGUACUUACACUAAUUCAAUUAUAACCAUUAUCAAGCGAAGAGAUGCGCCAGAGCUUGAUAUUGAUGAGUCUGCACAUAUAGUUUUCAAGGAUCAUCCUGCGCCAAAGAUCCACACGCUUGACAUUCCUUCUAUUGAUGGACUGAGCAUAAUCACUGCUCUUCACAACGAAGAAGAAGCAUGUGCUUCAAUCAUGGAAUCCCCUUGUGCUCAGCAGGCUUUGGCAGAGUCGCUUUUAGAUGCUGGUGGGCCACUUAUUGACAAGGAGGCGGUCUUUCUUCAGGACCCCAGUAUAGAGUUCCCAACUGUGCUACCCGAAGACUCGCCUUACCAGGUGACUCCAAAUCUCAGGAGCUACGUGGCGUCUCAGCGCCCUGUGGCUCUUCUAACGAUCUGCAAGCCUUUAUUAUACUACUACAUGAUCUUUAAAGUGCUUAUAGGAGAAAGCUUAAAAAAAGGCGAGUCUUUCUCUCCAUUUGACGGGCAAGGAAAUACUAUUCUUAUCGAUUCACCUAGCUGCUCUCUUUCAGACCUUAUUGUUCUUCCAAUUGGAGGUGCGUCGUUUAAGCCUAACACAUGUAGCAUUUUCAGCAUUUGCAAAUCAGCAAUACUCACACAAAACUUAUUUAGGUGGCCUUCUCAGGCGGAUCUGAAUGUGCUAGAUGUCCCGAAGCGUCUGAGUACGAAGUACCGAUUGCCACAGAACAGCUCUAAUCUCAGUGAGCACUCACACACUAGCAUAGAUGCAUAUCCUUCUGAUAACACAGAGGAGAUCAUCGUGUCUAUCUAUUUUGCUUAUCAACUGCUCUAUACUCUCUACAAACGGCCUCCCAGCACCACCGCACAGCAUUUCUGCCUAAAGAAACCCAAGAUUGCUCUAAUCUAUGGAUCUGGAAAGUUGUUCAAGUGUGUAGACACCGUUAUAUCAGCUAAAUUGCUAGCAUUCCUGCUCACGCUCCUUGCCACUGGCGUGCUGACAGACGUCAUAGUAGACUCUGACGUUCUCCUACGCUACUUCCCAACUUCCAUGGCAUACAACGCUUUUAUUCUCAACGGAUCCAUAGUCUCUAAGCUGUACAGGAAUGGAAGCCUUGUUUUAGGAUGGGAUGCUGUUCGAGAGGGUGUUGAUAUUCCCUUUGCACUGUACUUGCAGCUUUUCCAUGAGAUUGGCACCACUAAGCUAUCGGCAGAAAGCACUAAGCCUCUCACGUAUCUAGACCUGAGUGGCACGCUUACAACUGUGCAAUCCCAUAGUAUCUAUGACUAUCACAACUACUCUGAGUCUCAGUUUGCCGAGUUUCUCAAGAAUAUUUCCACCCUCGAUCAGACUAUAGGGUUUCGGACGCUCAUUCUUCCCACAAAGGUGCUUUCCCUCUCUGACCUUAGAAGGAUCUAUCGCCUUGCAGAUAUUGUAUCCACUUCGCUUGCAUGCACGCGACUGCACAAUAUUGUAUUCUCUAGUGUUUGCAGCAUCUUCAAGCUGGUCGAUGAUGGACCAGAGGCAAAUGCCGAGCUGCCCGCGAACCAAUUCAACCCACGUACCCAGAUAAGGUCCCUAUUUGCACUAAAACAAAACAAAUGCUCAACCCUACACGUUUACAAUAGAAACUGGAAGGACGCUAUAUCUUUCUUAAUCCACGUAGGCUCCAAAUCCAAAGCACUAUUUACCAGAGUGUGCACGCUAGACUUUUCUCCUCCAGAAGAUGACUCGGGAGACAAAUCUGUGGUCAUAUCCGGGUUGUUUGAUCAAACAGUUUCAUCAUUAGUACUCCAGCUGAUAUCACUGUGCAUAGGCGUCGAUAGGCUUGUAAUACCGCCACCCUCGGUGAGCGAGGAAAGGGAGUCUGAUAUUCAAGUGCUCAAGAAGUGGGUAGAAAAAGCUAACGAAAUGAAGAAACUGCAAGAGGUGGUUCUCAAUCCUCCAAACAAAGAUAUAGCCUCUGAGCUGAGGCAAUCUUUUUGCCAUUUGUGCAUCGGUUAA